AUGAUUGAAGCAGUUGGGCAUGAAUAUUUACCACAAUUUUUUGAAAUUUUACGCGAUCGAUUACGUCCUGGUGGUAAAGCAUUCUUACAGGCAAUAAUAUAUCCUGAAUUAAAUUACAAACGAUAUCGUCAUUCGAGUGAUUUUAUCAAAAAAUAUAUCUUUCCGGGUGGACAUUUGCCAUCUGAGCAAGCAAUUCGAGAAGCAUUACCGCCAGAAUUGUCAAUUACAAAAAUUAUCCAUAUUGGACAACAUUAUGCGCCAACAUUAGAUUUAUGGUAUUG